CCACUUUCAGCUAUUUAGAGAUUCAAUCCGACGUUCUCAUUUCCUGCUGUUUUUUUAACUCGCUGGUGGACCAUUUAAUUGUGUAGGAGUGGUGGUGGCGAAUAUUUUCUUACAAAAAAGUCGUAACAAAGUCUGAAUAAACUCGAGAAGAAUGUCGUCCUACAAUUGUCGAAGUAUUUUUGCUACUCUGCCCAGAACCCAGCGUGGAAACCCGAUCGUUUUAGGGGGUGACCCGAAGGGGAAAAAUUUCCUAUACGCCAACGGAAACAGUGUUGUUAUACGAAAUAUUGAGGAUCCGGCCGUGUCAGAUAUUUACACGGAACAUUGCGUUGCUGUCAAUGUCGCCAAAUAUUCGCCAAGUGGAUUUUACAUUGCAUCUGCAGAUCAGUCUGGGAAAAUUCGCCUUUGGGACACCGUCAAUAAGGAGCAUAUUUUAAAAGCAGAGUAUCAGCCGUUCGGAGGUCCAAUUAAGGAUGUGGCUUGGUCUCCGGACAGUCAGAGAAUUGUCGUCGUUGGAGAGGGUCGGGAAAGAUUUGGACAUGUGUUCAUGGCUGAUACGGGAACUUCAGUUGGAGAGAUUUCCGGUCAGUCCAAACCUAUCAACUCUUGUGACUUUAAACCAUCUCGUCCGUUCCGUAUUAUUACUGGUAGUGAAGAUAACACUAUCGGGAUUUACGAGGGACCACCAUUCAAGUUCAAAAUGACUAAAACAGACCAUGGGAGAUUCGUCCAAGCCGUGAGGUACAGUCCUGACGGAGAAAAAUUUGCCUCUGGGGGAUUUGAUGGGAAAGUAUUUUUGUACAAUUCUAAAGACUCUGACUUAAUUGGCGAGGUUGGAUCGCCAGCUCAUAACGGUGGAGUUUACGGGGUGGCCUUCAGCCCAGAUGGCAAGAAAUUGUUGACUGCUUCUGGUGAUAAGACAUGCCGCUUGUGGGACGUUGAAAGCAGAGAAAUGAUUUCUGAGUUCCCAAUGGGUAACCAAGUUGAGGAUCAGCAGGUAUCGUGUUUGUGGCAAGGCGAACAUGCCAUCACGGUAUCGUUGAGUGGAUUCAUUACGUAUUUGGAUAUUAAUAAUCCUGCUAAACCACUUCGAAUCAUCAAGGGGCACAACAAACCCAUUACCGUCAUGUGCCUGAAUGACGAUCGCACCAAAAUAUUCACCGGUUCUCAUGAUGGAUUUGUCACUUACUGGGACGCAAAAACUGGUGUCAACGAUAGAAUAAGCGGUACUGGACAUGGGAACCAAAUCAACGGUAUGAAAAUCGUCGGCAACAUCCUUUACACGUGCGGAAUCGACGACAACCUUCGUCUGGCAGAUUUAGGGACGUUUGCAUAUACGAAUGUUAAUGACGUAAAAUUAGGAUCCCAGCCUCGCGGGAUGGAUAUUAGUGGCAACAAGGUUAUUAUUGCUACCGUUAAGGAAUUGCUUAUUUUGGAAGACGGCAAGAAAGUUGGAUCCUGUUCUACACAGUAUGAACCUUCCAGUCUUUCCAUCAACCCAGUAUCUGGGGAUAUUGCUGUUGGUGGAUCGAUGGACAAUAAGACACAUAUUUACAUGCUAACGGGGACAUCAUUCUCUACGAAAGCCGAAAUGGACCACUUAGGGCCUGUUACCGAUGUUUCCUAUUCUCCCGAUGGAAACUAUUUGGCUGCAUCUGAUGGUCAUCGGAAAGUCAUGUUGUAUUCUACAUCAACAUACGAGUUGGCUCACUCCAAAGAAUGGGGUUUCCACAGUGCAAAAGUAAAUUGUGUCGCAUGGUCACCUGAUUCAAAGUUGGUAGCCAGUGGAAGUUUGGACUGCACCGUAAUUGUGUGGAGUGUAGAACAACCAGCAAAACACCUUGUUAUCAAAAACGCUCAUCCUCAAAGCCAGAUUACACGUUUGGCCUGGUUGGACAACAAUUCCAUCGUCUCCACAGGCCAAGAUGCAAACGUCAAGAUUUGGGAGGUGUCUGGAUUUCCAAAUUAAUCAACAACGUACAUACAAUAAUACUCCGGUAUCAUACUGGACCACAAACCCACCAGUGGCUUCACCCUUUAUUCAGUACUUUUCACUCAAAUGCUUUAAUGCACGAAUUAUCAUGUAUCACCUUCUCGGUAGUCACUUAUCCGAGGAAGUUUAACUGCUGUAAAAAAAGGUCUAGUAUUGGCCUAACUAUUUAUGAAGAACUACAGAUUUUCUAUCUUGCAAUUUCGUUGGAGGCACUACUAUUGUUUAUUAUUGUGGAGAUGGGGUUCUGCUCGAGUCAUUAUUACAAUUUUUUUCUCUGCACUUGAAGUAUUCUAAGCAUUUCCCUCCCUUGAUAGCAAUAAUAAUGAUAACAAUAAUAUUUAACUACAAUUCCCGGUGAAUCAAGUUCACUAUUACUACACACUACCAUAAUUUAUUUUAUAAUGUAGUUAUAAUCUAACUAUAUUUCUGAUAUUUUCAAACCAAAUUGUUUAAUACUUCAGAUUCAACUCUCACAAUAUUCACCAACCCACAGGUAUGAGCUGGCUCAAAGUAAUAUCACCUUAAUAAUUUAAACACUCUCUGAACUGGUCUUCCAAUUAGAUAAAUCUGCCUGGACAUUGAUUUUCAUUUUAUGAAAAUUUUGGCUUCCAAAGAUCAUAGUAAUAAUAAUCUCUGGCCAAAUUCCGUUGUUGUGUUACCGAUUAAGUGCUAAACAGAUUCCACUAACUAAUAUACGUUCGUGUAAUAAAUCGUGUGUGCAAAUAAUCUGACUAAAUUACAAAAAAUGGUUUUUGUGUUUGGACUAAGUUAUUAUUUACAUGUAGAUCACAUUAUGUAUGUUAUUAUGACAUGGGUGUCUUUAUUGAAAACUAUAAAUAAAUAAAUAAAUAUAUGCAGGAAGGAUUACGAAA